AUGUCAGAUAGCGAGCUAGGACCCGGUAGCGGCGGCGGCGGUGGCGGCGCAGGCGGGGUUGGCGACGACGAGCUGUCGCUGCCCAAGGCGACGGUGCAGAAGCUCAUCUCGGACCUCCUCCCCUCGGACCUCUCGUGCGCAAAGGACACGCGCGACCUCCUCAUCGAGUGCUGCGUCGAGUUCAUCCACCUCGUCUCGUCCGAGGCAAACGACGUCUGCGAGCGCGACUCGAAAAAGACCAUCGCACCCGAACACGUCGUCCAGGCCCUCAAGGACCUCGGAUUCCAGGACUUCGUCGACGAGGUCCAGGGCGUCCUCGGCGAGCACAAGAGGUUGCAAAAGGACCGAGAACGAAAGACGACCAGGAUGGAACAGUCCGGUCUCACCGAAGAGGAGCUCCAGCGCCAGCAGGAACUCCUCUUCGCCGCCAGCAAGGCCAGGUUCGAGGCGUCAAACUAG